AUGGUGACGCUUUUCUGCGCGGUUGUCGGUGUGAAAGGAAAUGCGUUCAGUGUGGAUAUCGACGCUAGCCAGUCGGUGGACCACUUAAAGAAGGCCAUCAAGAAGAAGAAGAAUUAUGAUUUUGCUGCGGACAAAUUAGAGCUAUAUCUUGCGAAAAAGGGCGAAUCGUGGCUGACUGAGAAUGAGGUUAAGCAUAGAAGUGACAUAAGUGGCCUGAAACAUCUUAGAGCCGCGCGAGCUAGACUACACCGCAUCGGGCUGUCUGAUGAUCAAAUAGUAGAGGAAGUUGAUGAAAUUGAGGAAGAUGCAGGAAAUGGCUCUGUGAAUGUGUUGGUGGUUGUUCCGACCGAGAUGAAAUAUGCACUGGCUGCAAAUCGAAGAGCCGCAUCAUCAAUAGCAAUCUCAGCAGCUGAACCGACGGAAGUCUUCGUUACAAUUGAAGAAAUCCGAGACUCAGAGAGAGAUUAG